GGGGUUUGUGCUGGGGCUAAUUUGGCCUGUGCCCCAGAGCUUUUCCACAUCUGUCUUGGCAUGAAAGCAUAGGAUCCAUGAAAUGUGAUUGUGGCUGCUUUGUUCCCCAGUUGUUUGCUGUUGUGCUAAGCUAUGAUUUGGUUUAGUGUGUUGUGUGAACCUGGGCUGGUUUAGCUUUCCUUGACAAACCUUGCAGUUAGUCUAGGGAGAGAGAAAAACAGUGGGUUGACAUGGGUGUAGGCAUGUUUUUUUGGGGGGGGGAGGGCAGAGCUUCAGUUCACUAUAUUUUUGUUGAUGGGGGGCAGCUACCCCCUGCCCCCUCUUUGCUAUGUCCAUGGGUCUGGAUAAGUUGACACAGUGAUGCAACAGCAAAUACCAAUGAGAAGCAAAGCAGUCAUUUUCUGGGAGUCCCUACACUGGUCAAAUUCUGCUAAGGCAGAAGGUUGGUGGUUGGAGCCCACUCAAGGAUGGUGGUGGGCAGAAUUCCUGCAUUGCAAGGGGUUGGACUAGAUGGCCCUUGGGUUCAUUUCCUACUCUACAAUUCUAUGAUUCUUUGCUGCUUCCCAUUGGGGUCCUUGCAAACAAAGCAGAAAAAGCUGCCCAGUAACCAGAGGAACAGUGCAGGAUCCUAGUGCAGGAUCUGAUGGGUUGGCAGGCAUUGGACCAGGCUUCCUCAACCUCGGCCCUCCAGAUGUUUUGAGACUACAGUUCCCAUCAUCACUGAGCACUGGUCCUGUUAGCUAGGGAUCAUGGGAGUUGUAGGCCAAAAACAUCUGGAGGCCCGAGGUUGAGGAAGCCUGCAUUGGACCAUCUCAGGUUAUCUCCUCCAUGCUUUAUGACAGCUCAUGUUUUGCAACAGUCGAUUGGGAUAAGGACACGGAGAACAGGGCUCUUCUGCCUUUAAUAACUGCACAGAGGACGGAAUUUUUGGCAAAUGAGGCGAGAAAAGCUGCUCUUCCCGGGAUUCCCUGCAUGCAUCUACCCUCGGCGACUGAGGGAGGGAAACGCAGCAUGCACGUCUCCUUCCCUCCUGCAGCUUCCGCAUUGGGGUCCCCCCCCCCACUUUCUCCCGCCCGGCGCUACUUUCGGGUGUCGGCUGCAACCUCCAGGGGGCGCAGCGCCUCGUUGGUCCAAAGUCUUCCGCGGUGCUUCUGUUUGGUUUCUGCCUGCAGCUGCGUGGGAAAAAGCAAAACAGACGAGGCGGGUCUCUCGGGGAGAGGCGGCUGUUGCCGCAGAGGGGCGGCCUUGCCCGGCUAGGCUGGGUCGGCGCCUCUCUCUUUUUGCUCUUCCUUCGGCGCUUUCAGACGAGCAUCCUCAGGAAGAAGCUGCUGGCAAUCGGGGUUGUUUUGCUCUGCAGGGCCUUCCCAUUCCUGCCAUGGCAACGAUUGUGUCCGAAAAGCUCAGCCGCCUCUUCAUCAGUGCCCAGCACUUCUGGAAAGUCCCUCGGCUGCUGGAGGAGGCCCUCCCCUCAGCCUCCUGCACGGUGGAGGCAUCGGACGUGCCCCGGCUUUUCCAGAAGCCCUACAUCCAGGCCGGCUACCGGCCCCUCAACCAGACCUGGAAGUACUACUUCCUCUCGCUUUUCCAGCGGCACAACGAGGCCGUCAAUGUCUGGACGCACCUGGUGGCUGCCUUGGUCCUGGUGGUGAGGUUCUGGCGGCUCUCGCAGGCGGUGGAUUUCCUUGGCGACCCUCACACGCAGCCCCUCUUUGUCAUUGCCGCCUCUUCGGUCAUCUACACAACCUUCAGCACCCUGGCACACCUCCUGCAGGCCAAGUCCGAGUUCUGGCACUGUGCCUUCUUCUUCCUGGACUACGUGGGCGUAUCCACAUACCAGUACAGCAGUGCUUUGGUUCAUUACUAUUACGCCAUUGAGCCAGAGUGGCACGCAAGGCUUGCGGGCUUCUACAUCCCGGGAGCCAUUUUGCUUGCGUGGCUCUCGUGCGCCGGCUCCUGCUAUGCCAAAUACAGGAGCCCUCACCUCUCUUCCCUGCAGGGCAGGCUCUGCCAGGAAAUGCCCUCUGCCCUGGCGUACGCUUUGGACAUCAGCCCGGUGCUGCACCGCAUCUACGUCUCCCCUUCCUCUGGACUCACAGACGUGGCCGUUUUAUACCACAAGUGCCACGUCCUCUUUUUCCUGAUUGCGGCCUUCUUCUUUGCCUACCCCUACCCCGAAAAGUGGUUUCCCGGGAAGUGCCACUUUGUGGGCCAGGGGCACCAGAUCUUCCAUGUCUUCCUGAUGCUUUGCACCCUCACCCAGGUGGAGGCGGUGCUUCUGGAUUACGAAACGAGGCGGCCCAUCUACUCACGGCUCCACGGCAACCUGGCUCCCCUUUUUUCUUCCCUAUGCCUUUUCGUGGCGACCGUCUGCUUCUUUACGGCCCUCCACAUGACUGCCAGAGUACAGCGCAAACUGCACCAGAAAGAGGAGUGAGAAGGACGGAGUGGGGGAAUAGAGGGUGGGUGGGUGUUGAUCUGCCAGUUUCCUUGUUCUCGCUUUGGGUGUGCCCGUGUCACUGUAAUUCAGGGGACUGGACAUUUUUGCCUGGCACAGCUGGUGUUUCUUCCUAUAGUUAAGAGCACGUUGCUUGCUCACGUCUGGGUUGCUUACUACAUCCGAGCAGCAGCGAGGGGGGGGUCAGAUAUUGCACCAGAAAGGAAGUGACAUGAGCACAGCCAUCUUGUGGGAGGAAGAGGCCUGCUUCCUGGAUGCAAUAGGACUUUCCAGGUGGUGGUUCUGUUUCCCCCCCUGCCUUCCUUUGAGAGAGACAGUUUCUCAUACACUUAUUAUGUCUUCCCUUCUGGUCUUCUCCAUGGUGGAAGAGUUCCAGGAGAGACGGACGAAGGUGAGCACCAAAUCCAUACCUGACUAGGUGGGAGGGUCCUUCAAGCAUCAACGGCCUCUGGGCACAUGCCAACUUUGCUCCAUGCCGAAGUCAUCCCUCGAUGCUCUUUCAGCAUGCCUGACCUAUGCAGUCACAGACCCCCCCUGGUGCAUCUCCACAGCUGCUGGGGGAAGGGACCCUAGCAAGGUUGGGUCAGACUCUGGUGCCUUCACAGCUUGCCUUCUGGCUUUCCACAAGGUAGGGGUGUCCCAGAGAAAAAUAUCAUUCCUGUCGGGUGCAGCAACAAUAAUCCAGCUAGUUGGGAAGCUGCCAUGUGUACGUGCCUUAAGGAGUGGAACCCCAUAACCCUUUGGAUGGGGUAAAGCGGAAUUGUAAUAUUUGGAGUAAAACUCACCCUGGUACUUUAGGCAAAUGUGAUGCAUCCAGGAAAAAAUGAGUGUCUUGUAUGUGUUUGUCUAGAGUAGGGCUGGCUUUUGUGGCUGGAUUUUAAAAGUAAAACGAAACACACACAUACACAUACAUACACACACACACACACACACACACACACACACACACUGGUUAGGGCAAAGGACCGAUGAAAGCAGGGCUGGGGACCCUUUUUCUCCUUGGAGGUUGAAUUCUUUUCUGGGCAACUUUCCAGGGCCAGAGACAAAAGUGGGCAUCCUUUGUACAGGAUGCUAAUUCCUAAACACCCACACCCCUCUGUCCUCCAUCCAGGCAAGCAAAGAGGCAUUUUCAGAGUCAAAUGGCAUGUUUCAGCCAACCAAAGACACUCAAGGAGGAUGCAAAGCUCAGCUGGCGAUGGGUGUAGUUUAGGAGUGCAUAUGGCCUGGUGACAGUCCAGGGGGCUGGAUAGGGAGGCCUAUAGGGCCACAUUCAGCCCCCAGGUCUGACGUUCCCCACCCCUAAUCUAAAGCAACAUUCUGUCCCCAGCAGGAACAUAGGAAGUUGCCAUACCAGGCCAGACCAUGUGACCAUCUACCCCAGCAUUUACUCUGACUGGUAGCCGCUCCUUUUCACUGGAGGCAGCCAGGAUUCGACCUGGGACCUACUGCCCUCUGCUCUGCCGCUGAGCACCUGCUCCAUCCUCAGCCAGAUAUCCCUUUAAAGCUCUUUGGUGGGGUGUUCUGGGGAUAGCUCUUCCCUGAGCAUCAGGGUGUAUUUUGCCUGGAAGUGCCAGCUCAGUUGGUGAAGCAUGAGGCUCUUAAUCUGUGGGUUCGAGCUCCACGUUGGGCAGAAAGAUUCCUGCAUUGCAGGGGGUUGGACUAAAUGAUCCUCGUGGUCUCUUCCAACUCUCUGAUUCUAUGAUUUGCAAGCCUGUGUGUGUCUUGUUUUAAAAGACAAUCUGUGCUUGUGGCCAUUGAGAAAUCCCCAUGUGCUGAUAAAUCCCCAUGUUAAUUAUGCAGUUGAUGAAAAAAGGCUUCUCCUCCCUGAUUUAAAGCAGCGGUGGCUCACCUGUAACGCUCCAGGUGUUACUGGAAUUCCAUCAGCCCCAGGCAGCAAUAGUCAGUGAUAAUGGCAGCUUUAGUUCAACAACAGUCAGGACAUUAGGUCAGCCACCACUGGUUUAAAGGCAUUUAACAGCAGGAAGAGCCUAUGCACAUUUCAUAGAACCAUAGAAUUGUAGAGUUGGACUUGGAAGGGAUCCCAAGGGUCAUCUAGUCCAACCCCCUGCAAUGCAGGAAUCUCAGCUAAAGUAUCCAUGACAGAUGGCCAUCCAACCUCUGUUUAAAAACCUCCAAGGAGGGAGAGUCCACCACCUUCCAAGGGAGUCCAUUCCACUGUUGAACAGCUCUUGCUGACAGAACAUUUUUUCUGUUAUUUAGUCAGAAUCUCCUUUAACUUGAAGUCGUUGCUUCGAGUUCUACCCUCCAGAACAGGACAAAACAAGCUUCCUCCAUGUGACAGCCCUUUAGAUAUUCGAAGAUGGCUAUCAUAUCUCCUCUCAGUCUCCUCUUUUCCAGGCUAAACAUACCCAACUCCCUCAACCGUUCCUCAUAAGGCUUGGUUUCCAGACCCUUGAUCCUCUUGGUUGCCCUUCUGUGCACACCUUCCAGCCUGUCAACAUCCUCCUUCAUUUGCUCAGAGGCAGGCACUACUGUGUCCAGUAGGGCUCCUGACUCCCAAGUAAACAUGCAUAGAAUUGCAGCCUAAAGAGGCUGAUAAUGUUGUACUUCAGUGCCCCAAGUAAUUUUGUAGAAAUACUACCCACUACUCAAUACUCAAGAGGAGACUCUUGAGAGUCCCAUGGACUGCAAGAAGAUCAAACCUAUCCAUUCUGAGUGCUCACUGGAAGGACAGAUCAUGAAGCUGAGGCUCCAAUACUUUGGCCACCUCAUGAGAAGAGAAGACUCCCUGGAAAAGACCCUGAUUUGGGGAAAGAUUGAGGGCGCUAGGAGAAGGGGACGACAGAGGACGAGAUGGUUGGACAGUGUUCUCGAAGCUACGAACAUGAGUUUGACCAAACUGUGGGAGGCAGUGGAAGACAGGAGUGCCUGGCGCAUAGCUGCCAAGUUAUCCCUUUUUAAAAGGGAUUUCCCCUUAUGCUGAAUAGGCUUCCUCGCGAGAAAAGGGAAAACUUGGCAGCUAUGGCCUGGCGUGCUCUGGUCCAUGGGGUCACAAAGAGUCGGACACGACUAAACAACAACAACCCACUACCAGUGGCAUGUGGCAAGAGACAGGAUGUGGCCACCCACCUGGUUGGAAUCUUCAUUGCUUUUCAAAAUGCAGCCAUCUGAUUUGGCCCUGUCGGAAGAGUUGUGUGGUUUGGCGCUUAUGAGCUUCCUUAAAGGGGUGGGGGUGGGCCUGGUUGGAAAUGGGGUGCUCUUCAGACCUCUUAAAUCAAAGGUGUGGCUUUUAGCUGACUUGAGUCUUGCUUUCAGUCAGACUAAAAAGCCCUUGCUUUUAAACUAGACCUCUUGGAAGAGUGCCAUUUCAGAAUACCUGAUGGAAUUGCUUCUUCAAGUUAUUUCUGAUGCUUAAAAGUGAGGGGGGGGGAGAGAAACCUCUCUGGACACAGAAAUGUGGCAUCAUUCUAGACUGUAGAGUUAGCACAGAAGAGGAAGAGGUGUUAGGAGCAAAAACCCUAUGGGCUGCAUGGCAUUAUUUUGAAGGCUGCAUGUGACCCCCUAGGAAAGGUUUCCCAUCCCUGUGUGUGUUGGGGGGUUGUUGUUUAUAUCUCAACAGAGCCACUUUUGGUCUUGUACAACAUUUUGGAAAGAUGAUCUUAAUAUCUUCAAAUGGCCAUACUUAAUUAUGAACAUUUUUUAAAGAACAAAACCUAUCAUGUUAGGGAGCAAAUUGGCCCAGAACAUGCUCUUUUCCCACACGGCAGUGAUUUCUCUCUCUCUGGGGGAGCCUUGCAACAUGAACCCACAUCGGAAUUCUAAAGCGGUAUCCUUUCAAGAGAGAUAUACCAGAUAUACACUAUUUCUGAAUGUGUUUGGUGUUCACCUAAUGAAUAUGAUGCAAUACAGAGUAUCAUAUAAAGGAAAUUUCAGGGAGUUAUGCAGAGUUUUGCAGGGACUAAGGCUGGGAAGGUUGUGUGUGGUUUUUCCCCUGUCCGUCUUAUAUUUUAUACAUUUUAAUGGGCCUGUUUCUGCCAUUUGUUUCUAUAAAGCAAUUUUCACAAGCUAAAUGUUUUAUAGUCUUCUGUCUCGUUCAUCCCCACACCAACCCUUUUGACAGCAGCAUAACUAGUGUAAAGGACGUUGUUUGUAGAGACAACUUUUGUAGGGGUACAAAAUAGUCACAAACACAUAUUGAUGUUUCCUCCUGGGUUUCCAUCCUCUCAACAGGCAUUGUGACCACUGGGCAUUCUCAUUCCCGAUAUGCUCUUGGGGGGGGGGGGGCGAUGUUCCCUUUCCUAUCUAUGAUUUUCCACCCUGUAGUAUUUUUGUACUUCUGCAAACCUUGGGGUCCCCUCAAGUUUUCUGCUACCUCUUUCUUGUCCAUGGAUGGUUAGGCUACAUGAGGACCAACACAAACUGCCUGGGCAUUGGAUAAAGAAGGAAUGGUUAUAAUAAUGUCACGUUUUGCAACAAUUAAGCUUGUUUCCAGAGUAGUAUAUUUAUUUCUGAAAGUAGUGUUGCAUGGCACCCCAGUCUCCAAGCAGUGUGAGAUUCCAGGGUUCAUUUUUCCUUGGGAAAUGAGGCACAGUGGAGAACAUGAUGUCUUUAUGAUAAAUGAAAUAUAGUUUAUUUAUACCUCUGGUUGUGGGGACGCGGGUGGCACUGUG